UAUACAUCUGUUUUGCUCAUUUACAUUCGUUAUAAAGGGGCAAUAGGGUUUGGUGUGUUUUCAAUUUCAACAUAAGCAGAGAAGUAAAAAAAAGCUGCUUAUUUUAAUGGAUUUUCCAGGGAGACCAAGGUUUAGACAAAUGAGUCCAGAGAGAGCAAAAGUAUGUAUGCAACAAAGAGGGAUCAAACCCACAUUCAAGAAAGUACAAGUUGUUUACUAUUUAUCAAGAGAUGGCCAUCUUGAGCAUCCACAUUACAUGGAAGUAUUUCAUUUGGUUCAUCAACAGCUUCGUUUGAAAGAUGUUAUGGAGCGCCUUACUGUUCUAAGAGGUAAAGGAGUGCCUUCACUCUAUUCUUGGUCUUGCAAAAGGAGCUACAAGAAUGGCUAUGUAUGGAAUGACUUGGCAGAGAAUGAUAUUAUUUAUCCAUCAGAAGGAGCUGAAUAUGUACUCAAAGGGUCUGAAUUAGUUGAAGGCUGCACUGAGAAAUUGCAACAUCUUCAAGUUGGCAAUGUUCUUCAAUUCCAAGAUACAAAUUUGCAGCCAAAACACAAAUAUUUAUCUUCAAAACGACACCCAGAGCCCGAAGAACUUGUGAACAACCACUAUCGUGGAGAUGAAGACGAAGAAAAUGCAGAAGUAGAGGACGAAGAGGAAGAAGAGUACGAGGAGAAAACAAGCUAUACGAGCUCCACUACACCACAUUCUAGAUGUUCUAGAGGAGUCUCUACGGAUGAAAUUUAUGAAUUACAACAGGAAGAGCCAAAUAAAAACAUCAGAACUGAGUUAAAACUUGAAAAUUCAGUUUUAACCCCUCCAUCAAAUACUUCCAAGGUGGUUGAAGAUGGUAAUUUGGUGGGAAACAAGCCAUUAUUGACUAGAAACUCUAUGCUGUUAAGCCUUAUUGCCUGUGGUGGAUCGGGGUCGUUUAGGAAGAGUGUUCCGGCUGCAAUUGUGAAGCAACCACCACCGGGCACCGUGGCUAGGAACGGUGGUGGGGGGUUGCAUAAAGGAGUGGUCUGCAAGGCUGCCGCUAAGGUGGCGGUGGAGGAUGAUGAGAUGAUAAGUUGUAUGUCGGAAAAUCCGAGGUUUGGGAACUUGCAGUCCGAGGAGAAAGAGUACUUCAGUGGGAGCAUAGUUGAGUCGAUGUCUACUGAAGAACGACUUCAGGUUGAGCCUGGAUUGAAGAAAUCAUCCUCCCACAAUGAAGAAAGGAGCAGCAUGGCGGGGCUGGGAGAUGCAGCCGAGGAGGAAUCGAAGAAAGAGAAUUCGAUGAAAGGGAAAUGUAUCCCGAUGAAGAAAUUCUCCUCCAAGAAGCCCAAUAUAUAGUUAUUAGAAUAGGAGUUGUUGCAACUGUGGCGUAUUUAUGAACACUAAAUGUGUGAAAUUUAUUCUACUGAAUUCACUUACAACUAUUUCGGUAGUAUUUACUAGUAUUAAAUGUUUGCGCAGAUGAACUACGCAACCACUGUUUACGGGUCUACAAGCUUGUCUUCGACUUCUGUAAAGCACGAUCCUCGUUUGGUGCUAACUAUUCUAUUUUGCGAGCU